UUUUAUAAACGUUCAAAUAUCCUUCCUUACCGUCUAAGCAACCACGGAAACAAAGACCACAGAUUGAAGGAAGAAGAGAAAUAAAAGAACCCGAUCGAUCAAGGGCUUGUUGUAAGAGAUGGAGUUGACGAUGGUGAAGAACGAAGAGAACCCUGGGAGGCGCCGCCUGUGUGCAGAAGACCCUGAGGCUCAGGCAGCCCGGUGUGUCAAGAGAAGGAGAAGAGACCCGCCUCCAGUUGCGGUUAGUUGUGACAACAGCCAGACUGAGCAGAAGUUGCCGCAAAAGCUAGCUGAUCAAACUCUUACUACCACCAUGAAGAGAAGCUCGAGAUUUCGGGGUGUCAGCAGGCAUCGGUGGACUGGUCGAUUCGAAGCUCACUUGUGGGAUAAGCUCUCAUGGAAUGUAACACAGAAGAAGAAAGGGAAACAAGUUUACCUUGGAGCUUAUGGCGAAGAAGAAUCUGCUGCAAGAGCAUAUGAUUUAGCAGCGCUCAAGUACUGGGGAGCAUCGACUUUCACCAACUUCCCGAUAUCGGACUAUGAGAAAGAAAUCGAGAUCAUGCAAUCUGUGACGAAAGAAGAGUUUUUGGCCUCGUUAAGAAGAAAAAGCAGUGGAUUUUCAAGAGGUGUAUCUAAGUACAGAGGAGUAGCAAGGCACCAUCAUAACGGCAGAUGGGAAGCAAGAAUCGGAAGAGCUUUCGGAAACAAGUACCUCUACCUUGGCACUUACAGUACCCAAGAGGAAGCAGCUCGCGCCUACGACAUUGCAGCGAUUGAGUACAGAGGGAUCAAUGCCGUCACCAAUUUUGACCUGAGUUCUUACAUAAGAUGUUUGAAGCCAAAAGCUGGCGACACCGUAGCCACUCAAGAACCAGAAGCAGUCACAGAGCCUCAGAACAUGCCGUUCAUGACCAGUAGUUACAUCCCAGCAGACGAAACAUCCUUCUCACACACCAACCCUUUUGCCUCUGACUAUCUGAACUCUCCGCGAAAGCAAGAAGUCACCCGAAGCAGCACCAAUCUUAACGCCGGCAGCAAGUCAUCUUCUCCCACUGCACUUGGUCUCCUCCUUCAAUCAUCAAUAUUCCGAGAGCUGGUUCAGAAGAACUCAAAUUUCUCCGAGGAUGACAGCACCGAUGGCGAGGAACCAAAGAACCAACCCCAGGCGGGUAGCGAUGAUGAGUACGGUGGAAUCUUCUAUGAGGGAACCGGCGACAAUCCAUUUGAUUGCUCCUCCACCACCGACGGCGACAAUCCAUGGAACAACAUUGCAAGCACGAUUUUGCUCAAUCAACCCACAAAGGCAAAUGCUUCGGAGACUCUAUUCUUCGUUUCUUAGAUGCAUGCGAAACAGAACAAGAACAUCUUCGUAUGGGAAGAAAAUUUUGUAUUAUUUGUUAGCAAGCAGAACUGGCGCAUCAAAUGUACAGAGUUCGAGAUCGAUGCUGCAUAUCGAUUUAAAUUAGACACCUUAAUAACGUCGAGUUUCUGCACCAACCACUUCCCUUCAAAUUUUUUUUGGCCAACCGACUUCCGCAAUCCGUGGAACCUAGUGUUAACUUGCAGCUG